AUGUAUUCAUUAAACGGCCUGAGUGUCCGCACUUCAGACACCUUGAUGGACGACGAUUCGCCAUCAUUCGAAAUGAACCAGCUCAUCUUCGUCUUCUUUACACUUCUGUUUCUGGCAUCCAUUUGUUCGUUAGCUCUUUAUGCGAUACGCCGCAGGAGAAUGGCAAGAGAAGCGACCGUGUUGCCUACUUAUCACCAAGUGUCCCCGCAUCAUCGUCGAUCGGCAUCAAUCAGCAAUUUCAACACAGGCCACAGAAAUGAAUCCGUCUUCGUCUAUGACGAGAAGAUGAAUCUCAUUCAUAAUUCAUCCAACCCACCUUCUGGAGCUGUACCCGAAAUUCACAUUACAUUUCCCGACGAAGACGACAAGUCUGGUGGCUCUCAAAAGGGCCGCGUCGUUGUGGUGCACAUCACCGACUCGGGCAGUGUUGGAAUGGAACCAUUGAAUCGCCACAACCUUCCACCAUAUCAACAGCAAGAUGCCAACCGAUUCCAGUCUCUUGAUCUCGAACGAAUCGGUGGAUUGCGAGAGAAGGAGAGACCAAACCGAAAUUGGUCGUGA